AUGGGCAAAGGGUCUUCCGUCGCCCUCCGGGGCCUACACUUCUUCAUCCGCAUCGUUCACUUGCUCUGCGCCAUCAUCGUCCUCGCCCUCUUUUCAUACUUCCUGGCGACCCUUUCAAACCACUCGCUGCCCAUCCACAAUUGGGUUCGCGCCGUCGAGGGCAUUUCCGGCGCUGCCGUCUUGUACGGAAUCGUAUCCACCCUGCUGCUGUGGUGCUUCCCUGGAAGGCAGUUCCCCUCAUUCUUGACCAUGAUGUUCGAUGUUGCAUUCGCCGUGGCAUUUAUCUACGUUUCUGUGGCGAACCGUGGCGGAGCGGGCAAUUGCACAGGGGAGGUCAAGACAGUGUUUGGAACAGGUCAGGCCGAUCAGAAGGUGGUGGGCAAGGAGGGGGACAAUCUCACUCCGCUACCGAAGAGCUUGGGACAGGCCUGUAAGAUCCAAACUGCUUGUCUGGCAGUGUCGAUUAUUUCGAUCUUCUUCUACCUCUUCUCGCUGCCCAUCACCCUCGCAAUUGUUCGCAAUCGCAAGCGCAGCGAGCUGAAGCCAGCUCCUAUCCUGCCUGACAAUAUCGACAACAGCAGCACGACCCAGCGCAAGGGCGGCCUGAAAGGCUGGUUGUACUCAAGCCUUGGCCGCAACAAGCGCACUGCUGCAGGCGACGCGGCGGCGCUCAACCCCAAUGCCCUGCCGAAUCACCCGACCCCGGAUGAUGUUAGGAACAGCUAUACCACUGAGCAGACCCGUGUCGACAGCAACAAUAACAACACCGCUACUGGUUAUGCAAGCCUUGACCAAAUGGACAAUUACAAGUACGGCGAUCAGUACGAGAACCGGUACGAUCAGCCAGGGAACAUUUAUGGGGGUGAGACCUACGAGAUGAACCAGGCUGGGAGGAACCCGUAUGGGAGCCAGCACUAUGAAAAUAGUGGGGUGUAUCGCUGA